AUGGCAAUGCAUCGCUUGGAUGGAAAGGUCGCUGUUAUCACUGGUGGCGCUCGUGGACUUGGCAAAGCUGUAGCUACCGCUCUCGUGGAUCGUGGUGCAAAGGUGAUGAUCGGAGAUCUCUUAGACGAACAAGGUACUCAAACGGUCAACGAGCUUAAUGCACGUGUCGGUGGUUCCAAGGUGGCAGCUUACUUGCAUACCAAUGUCGUUUCAUAUAAGGACAAUGUCACGCUUUUUCAGCAGGCUGAGAAGGAAUUUGGUGGUGUUGAUAUCGUGCAUUUGAAUGCUGGCAUUAUUGGUGGAUCGAAGAUGGCCUUUUCUCCUUUGGAUGAUGAGCAAGAUGAGAAGGUGAUGAUGGUAAACACCAUAGGUGUCAUGAAAGGGACCAAGGUUGCAUUGUUGCAUUUGGCAAAACGAGGUGGCGGUGUCAUUGUAUGCACGUCGUCGGUGGCAGGUUUCCAUGUUGACCCAGAAUUGCUCGCAUACAAUGCAUCCAAACAUGCCUUGAUCGGUUGGGUUAGGAGCUUCACCAUGAUGCCAGCUGUGUGUAACGUGCGUAUCAAUGCUGUUUGUCCUCAUGUCAUGUUGACGGAUAUGGUAACCAACGAACCAGUGAGUGAAGCAUCGCUUGCCAUUCAAAAGACAUUACCACCAACAUCGGUUGAAUCAGCCGUCAAUGCCGUGCUCCAGUUGAUUGAUGAUCCAUCAGCCAAUCGUAAAACCUUGAUGGCAUUACCAGGAGGUAUCAUUCGCGAAGAGCCGUCGUUAAGAUUGCCAGCCGAGGCUACAAAUGAAGCACUCAGAAAGGAGCUAGCAAAAACGAUCCCAGCACGUGUUCAACGAUACAAGGAAGAAUUGGCUGAUGCAAUGAAUCGCUAUUUCAAGUCUCGCCUUUGA